AUGGCGUAUUACUAUGUUCAGUCUUGGUUUCAUCCGCUACCCGUGAUCAUAGAGGAUCUGGCAGGCAUGGGAGAUGGGCCAAACCAGCCGCCGGAUAAUAACCUCAGACUCACUCCAGACGGCUCACCACUACAUUCGAUCAUGAACGUUGGUGUCGCUCAGCCCAACAUGGGCUACGACGCCUUUGGGCAGUCGCGCUAUGCGGCAGGUGCGACUAACGCCAUUCCAAUGGACAUGCGCUCACUCGCAGGCGCUCUUCCGACCUUGCCCAUGCGCAACCAACAACAACAGUCGUUUCAGCAGUACCCUGGUGGCCAAAGCGCAAUGUACCAAUAUUAUUCAGGCGCACAGUUUGCCGGACAAACUGGCGCAGGCUUCAACCCCAACACAGCAGGUCCGGCUUUCCAGAACUACCAGUCACAGUCGAGGCAAAAUUAUGCAGGUGUUCCGAUCUCGACCCAGACGUUUCAAAGCGCGGGCCAGCAGGUCCCACAAGGAAUGGUCCAGAACAUUCAAGCAUAUCAUGCGCCAAACCAGCACCUUCUUCCAUCUUCACAAUACACUGCCUAUCCUAUAAGAGGCGGACAUAACAUGCGGAGUGGCGGCGGAUCACCAGGAAUGUACCAGAAUCCGCAACCACCAAUGACUCGAGCAAGUUCGGGCUCUUCAGCACAUGCCAGUUCGACCUCCUUUCUACGUGGACCUCCCAGAAAGCCUCGACAAUCGGGUUUCGCGUUAUGGGUUGGCAAUCUGCCACCCGGGACGAAUAUCGUGGAUCUCAAGGACUACUUCUCGCGAGACGCUACAGAAGACAUCGAAAGCGUCUUCCUCAUUUCCAAGAGCAAUUGCGCCUUCGUCAACUAUAAGUCAGAAGAAAGCUGCCAGGCAGCAAUGGGUCGCUUCCACGAGACACGGUUCCAGGGUGUGCGAUUAGUGUGUCGGUUGCGUCGUGGUAGCAACACUUCGCCAUCUCCUCAGCAAGAAGCGGAGAGGCAGAAUGUAACAUCGCCAAUAGAACAAGGUUCAGCGCAGCCGGAAGAACGAGUGAAGGAGAAGUUCUUCGUGGUCAAGAGCCUGACGCUGGAAGAUCUCGAACGGAGUGUGCAGAGCGGCGUGUGGGCGACUCAAGCUCACAACGAGGCAGCUCUCACGAAAGCAUACGAAUCUGCCGAUGAUGUCUAUCUUAUAUUCUCAGCAAACAAAUCAGGCGAGUACUUCGGCUACGCCAAAAUGGCAUCAGCAAUCGGAGACGAAGAGGCAGCCGCAAAGACGGAAGUUCUUCCCAAAGCUCCCACGACUAAUGACCCUGUUACGACACCAAGUCCCAAUCCGGGGGACUUACCACUUGCAAUAAUCACACCACCGACAGCGACUGCGCCACGCGGUCGCAUAAUAGACGACUCUUCACGAGGCACCAUAUUCUGGGAAGCGCUUAAUGCUAUCACAGAGCCUACAGGAAAAGACGACACGCAGACCACAGAAGCCGAGGCAAACCCAGUAAAAGUUGUACCCUCAGGCAGCGGUAACAUCUCCUCCGCUGAAGGCACGGGCUACGAGAGUUCCACCAGCGCCACUCUCCCGUCGCCCACUCCUCAAUCCUUUGGCAAGCCCUUCAAGAUCGAAUGGCUGAGCACAGACCGACUCCCUUUCUUCCGUACAAGAGGUCUACGAAACCCUUGGAACGCGAACCGUGAAGUCAAGAUCGCGCGCGACGGCACUGAGAUCGAGCCUAGCAUUGGCAGGCGGUUAGUGCAGAUGUUCCAUAUCAAGUUCCCGGAACCAGCGCCAAUGCAGAUGCAUCAACAGCAGCAGCAACAGUUGCAUGGACUCGGUUUUGGUGGUGGACGGGGGCCGGCGAUGGUGAUGUCCCCUCAACAGCAACACCAGCAAAGCAUAUACUCGGGCCAGAUGGGUCAGACAUUUUUGAUGCAGCAGCAGCCGCCAGCCGGUGGCAGCGGAGGUGGCGGGCCAGGCGGUGGAGGAGGGAUGGCACCUCCUGGCUUUCAGGGCUAUGCGGGUGGAGGGAACUACUGA